AUGGUGCUUUACAAAGGGCCGCGGCUGUUGGACUUUGCAAAGACCCCUCAAUACCUUCAGUUCAACAAGUAUGUCCUGACGGGUUACCGGCCAGUGUCCACAGCUCAAGACUGCCUCAGGAGCCUCUUCUACAUGCACAAUGAGCUCGGGAACAUUUACACCCAUGGCAUCCCUUUUUUCCUUUUCUUGGUGCUGCUGCCUUUAAGUAUCCCCUGGAUGGAGGUGGACAGUGCCUGGAUCUGUGUUGUCCACUACGUGGCCUGCCUCUGCCCUACAGUGGGUUCGGUGGUCUACCAUGUGUUCAUGAACCAUGUGGGAGGAGAACAUGUGUACGACACCCUGCUCUCCCUGGACAUGUUCGGGGUUUGUCUAGUUAACACCCUGGGUGCACUUCCCAUCAUCCACAUCACCCUUCUUUGCUACCCAGCCACACGACAGACUGCCUUGCUGGCCUACAUCCUCCUGUCAGCCUACAGCAUUUACUGUGCCACCACGGCCCGUACAAACGUCCUGCGCCUGCAAGCUUUCAUCUGGCAGGCUCUGUUCCGCUUUGGCCUCUUCCUGUUCCGGGUGUUGGGCAGCGGGGUGGGCAGCCCAAACUCCCUGCGCCUCUUUGUCAUCAUGGACACUCUGGCUGUAGUGGGCGGGCUGGUCAACAUCAUCCAGAUCCCUGAGCGCUUCAUUCCCGGCCUGUUUGACAACUGGGGCAACAGCCACCAGAUAAUGCAUGUCAUGGUGAUUUGCUCAAUUAUCUACCUGCAUUGGGGCACACUGGAGGAUUUAGCCUGGAUUAGGACCUACCAGUGUCCUACUGAGGGAUGA